AUGUCGAGCUCUAUGCUUGAACCGAUGUACGCUAUUCAGGAGGUCCCAGGUAAGGGAAAAGGACUCAUCGCCACACGAACAAUCCCUAUGGGCACAUGCAUCCUUUCCGAAGAGCCCAUCAUCAGAGUCCCAGAGGAUGCUUCAGCCACAACGGUCCUGCAGGCAUCUAUACGCAAACAAGUUGAAGCGCUCUCUGCAAAAAAACGACAAGCCUUCCUCUCCAUGCACAAUAUCUAUGCCAACGACGGUACCCCGCCGCGCCUAGGAAUAAUCCGAACAAACGCUCUACCCUUCGGAGAUUCUGUACGAGAAUCUGGUAUAUUCAUCAAUGCAUGUCGCAUCAAUCAUGCCUGCGAUAACAACGCUCAAAAAGGCUGGAACGAGAAUACCAAACGCCACACCGUCUAUGCGAAACGAGACAUCGAAUCGGAUGAAGAAAUCACAAUUUUCUACCUCGGGAUCCUCAACAAGCGCGAAACUCGACAACAGAGAUUGCGCAGUAAAUUCGCAUUCACGUGUGCGUGUAACCUCUGCUCCUUACCUCUCGAGCAAAGCGAAGCAGUCGAUAAAAAGCUCGAGGAAAUUCUCAAACUCGACGAACUCAUCAGUCGAGAUGGUAUCAUGGGAAUCCUCUCAGUCCCCUUACUCAAACUCCGCUACGUGGAUCAGCAGAUUCGAAGAUACAAUGAACUAGGACCCAAUGAUACCGGUCUCCCCAGAGCCUUCUACGACGCGGCACAGAUCUGCAUCGCGAAUGGCGAUUUAGCCCGCGCGAGAAUUUUUGUAGAGAAAGCGGUGAGAGGAUGGUCGGUUCUCCAGGGCGAGGAUAGUCCUAGUGUGUUGCAGUAUGAAGCGCUGCUGCGAAAUUUGGAGAAGCAUGAGCUGUAUGGGAUGUCGAAGAAGUGGAAGGUGGCUGUGGAUGAGGUUCCGAGGGGGCUUGGGGGGGAGGAGUGGGAGAAUUUGUUGUGGAGGAGGGAGAAGAUUAGGAGGCCGGGAAAACCGUGA